UCGUCGCGACCGACCCGCACACACAACGCGCGCUACCCGCCUCGCGAUCUAACAUUUCCUGCUGCGCUCCCGCUGUAAACUAUUCGCGCAAUAGAACUUUCAUGUGUCAACUUUUGAUUAGCAAUUAUAAGUGCUUAAUUGAACGUUAAUAACACUAUUAUUCAGAUUAAAAAGUAAUAUUUUGAAUAUUGUUUUGAUCAAAGUCAGAACGAGGUGUGAAACUUGAUAGAACUAACCUAAUAAAAGUGAAUAAAUAGAGUGUGACGGAACUUGAGAAGACUUAGCCGGUGCUACAGUAUGCUAGUGGAAGAGUGCAGAGUACACGCGCGUGUCCAGUAGCUGGUGGUCGAACUCGGGCGCCCGCGAAGUGGCCGGUGCCGUUGGUGCCGCUGGUGCCGUCGGUGUCGUGUAAUGUGCGGAGCGCGGGCACGGGUGCGGUGACCGUUGGUGCGGUGCGUGCACACAGCAGCGAGCUGGGGGCGAGCGAGGUGCUGGUGGGGCGGGGGUGGUGCGCCCCCGCGCUGGAUGCGGUAGGGGCGGCUAGCGGCGGCGGCGCGGGCCCCGCCGGCGGCGCCGUGGCGAUGACCGUGCAGCGCGACGAGCGCGCGCCGCGCACGCGGUUCAUGAUCACCGAUAUACUUGAUGCGCCGCCCAGGGACCUCAGCGCGCACAGGGACUCUGAUUCCGACAGGUCCGCCACCGACUCACCUGGAGUAAAAGAUGACUCAGACGAUGUAUCAAGCAAGAGCUGUGGUGGGGAUAGCUCAGGGUUGGCAAAGAAGCAGAGAAAAGCGCGGACGGCGUUUACCGACCAUCAGCUGCAGACCUUGGAGAAAUCUUUCGAGAGGCAGAAGUACCUCAGCGUCCAGGACCGUAUGGAGCUCGCAGCGAAGCUGGGGCUAACCGACACCCAGGUCAAGACCUGGUAUCAAAAUCGGCGGACGAAAUGGAAGCGUCAAACGGCUGUUGGUUUAGAGUUGCUGGCCGAGGCGGGCAACUACGCGGCGUUCCAGCGGCUGUACGGCGGGUACUGGGCGGGGGUGCCGACGUACCCGGCGCAGCCCGCGCCUGCCGCCGCCGACCUCUACUACCGGCAGGCAGCUGCCACCGCGGCCGCGGCUGCCUCGGCGACAGCCAACACCUUACAAAAACCUUUACCUUAUCGGUUAUACCCGGGAGCGCCACUAGCCGGCGUUCCUCCACUAGGGCUGGGCUUGCCUGGUCCCUCGGCGCACCUCGGGGCCUUGGGGGCUCCAGGGCUGGGCGCGCUGGGGUACUACGCGCAGGCGCGACGCACGCCGUCUCCAGACGUGGACCCUGGUAGCCCCGCGCCCCCGCCACGCUCCCCUCGGGAACCCUCCGUCGAGAGACGUUCCGAUGAAGACGACGACGAUGAACCCAUACAUGUCUAACUGUGAAGUGACUUGAACUUUAAUAUUUAAAGGCAGUGAAUAAGGAACUUUUAAAACUCGUGAAACAUUUGAAAAUUAUUUAAUCUGAAUCACAUUAUUUGGGAACGACACAGACUUUCAAUGACUUUAAAAAGUGAGAAAAGUGCUUAAAAAUGUGGACGUCAUUCGGUAACUGUCAGUUACUGGUCGGUUCUGGUUUCGUUUAUUCCGUUUUCAUCGCACAACAAAUUAUUUUGCACUCUAUUAUUUGAGUUAUUUUCCGGUUUUGUAAUGUGGACAGCGCUCGUCCAAAUUGUGAUAUUGUAAGUGCAGACUAUUCAAAUGUGUAAUAUAGAAUUGAUGUUGUAUUAUUUAAUAGAAAUAAACUGAUUAAGUAGAUAUUCUACACAAGCUUGUAAGUUACAAUAGAUGUGUAAGGCGGAAUCAAAUGCAUUCCAAUAAAUACUACUAAUUUUAUGUUAAAUAAGAUGCUCUGUGUAGACAAGUUGCAUUACCACAUCCAUCGGGAACACGAAUAUUUAACACGAUCUUCAGUUUACGAUCAAAAAUAAUUGUAAUAGGAUGAAUUUAUUGUGUUAUAAAGUUAUAAUACAGAAAUUUUGCAAUCAGUUCUAUUAUUUUUCCUUUUAGGUACCAAUAUUGCCAGUAAUAUGAAUAAUUUUGCUGCGGAUGUGGUUAUGCAAGUACCGCCGUCGAUAAUUUCGACAACUUGUGCAAAGAUGCUGUAUAUUAUAAAUAUAUUAUUCAUAUAAUAUGUAUGUAUUGUUAGUAAUGAUGCGACUUAAAGUAUUAAAUGUAAUGUAAUAAAGUACCUAAUGCUAUUAUAGACUACGGCAAAGUACUUAAGCGAACCGAGAAGUGGCAUUUUAUGUCCAAUAGAUUUUGUGGUGUUUUGUAAUUAAAAUGUUGUCAAUUAAAAGUAA